AUGACGGACCAAGCACUCCCUACGUCAAUGAAGGCGCACGUGCUGGAAGGUUUCAACGCACCCUACCAGCUGCGCGAGGUGCCAGUACCGGAAAUUGAGGACGCGCACGACAUGCUCGUCCGCGUCGACGCCACCUCGUACUGCCACACCGACACCGUGCUGGCCGCGGGCUUAAUGCAUCCACCCUCGCUCCCACACGUCGGCGGCCACGAGUUUGCCGGCACCGUGGUCGCCCUGUCGGGCGCUCGAUCGAUUACGACCGCGCACCCUCUUUUCAAGGUGGGUGACCGCGUCGCCGUGGCGGGCCGUGGCUACCACGCCUGCGGCCAGUGUGCCGAGUGUCGCAACCCGUCAGGCCCGGACCCUGACGAGCCCGGCUUCUCGGUGUACUGUCCAUACGCGGGUGCCGGCUUGGGCAUCGGCAAGCCCGGGGGAUUUCAAGAAUACACGCUCGUGGAUGUGCGGCAGGCGGUCCUCAUUCCAACAGACAUGUCGGCGGUGGAAGUGGCGCCGCUCAUGUGCGCCGGCCUCACCGUCUAUGCUGCUUUGGUGAAGUGCAAACUCCAGCCGGGGCAACGCGUGGGCAUCAUGGGAUGCGGCGGAGGGCUAGGACAUUUGGGCUUACAGUUCGCAACCAAGAUGGGGUUGACAACGACGGGUGUGGACGUUGCGCCACAGGCGCUCGAGCUCGCCGGGAGCCUCCACACCGGCGCGGACAUCGUUGACGCCUCGAAAGAAGCUGCCGACGAGGUCAGGAGGCGGAUGAGCUGGGGGGAAGACGAUAAGAGCCGACACCUGAGCGAGAUUGGCCUGGAUGCCGUCUUGAUCUUGCCCAACAGCCAGAAAUCCUUCAACUACGGAAUCGACCUGGUCAAGAACGGCGGCCUCGUGGUCGUGCUCUCCUACCCGCCCGAAGGCUUCAAGAUCUGCGCGACGGAUCUCGUAUUUCGCCGCAUUCGAGUGGAAGGCAGCCUGAUCGGAUCCAACAAGGCGCUGAGGGAUAUGUUUGACUUCUGUGUGAAACACAACGUUAGAGCUCGCGUCAAGACCUAUCCGUUCUCAGAGCUGAACGCACUGGUAAAGGACAUUCACUCAAGUGGGUGUGCUAAGGUUGUUCUUGAUAUGUCCGUGAAGGAAUGA